AUGAAUCCUUCUAAUAUUGUAUAUUGUUUAUCAGAACUAUUUGAUGUAAAUUUGAACUUAAAUAUAACACAAAUCUCAAAAAAUGAACUUCUAAUUGCAAAACGUGUAGCUGAAAUUAUUAAUACUCUGAUCAGCUCGGAUCAAUUUGACUAUGAUGCUGAAGUUACAUUAGAUCUAACAACUGACUUACAAGAUUGCUACAACGAAAAUGAUUCUAUUGGUACUAAUAUUGACGGCAAUGAUGCCGAUGAUGAAUGGGAUAGAACGGAAGAUUUAAAAGAGAAUUGCAAAUUAAAUUCUUAUUCAAUUGAAUAUAUGAGAGAAGCAGUUGAUUUUGCUGAUGUAAAAGAUUCGUCCGGUAAACGUCGGCGAUCUUGGAAAACUAUAAAACAUCGCUAUCAAUCGCUUCCAGAUGAAAACUAUAUCAGCCGAUUUCGUAAGUAUAUAGCUCAACAAGGUACAAAGCGUCAAAAAACUCAAAACAUCGAUCAAGUUGUGUAUAAAAAUUUUUUAAAUGCUCGAGAACAAUAUCUACCGAUACAUGACAUUGAUAUUCAACGCUGGGCGUUACAAGCAGCAAAACAGAUGAAUCUAGAUGAUUUUCAGGCGUCUAUUACUUGGCUUCUAGAGUUCAAAAAGCGUCACGGAAUAUGCUCUCGUAAAAUUACUAAUAUAGUAACGAAAAAAGAUAUAAAUAACUUUGAUAAUAUAAAGAAGUCAGAAGAAGAGUUUUUACAAAAAUUUCAUCAGUUAUCAGGAAAAUAUUUACCAAAACAGAUUUUGAAUACUGACCAAGUAGGUAUUGAAAAGGAGCUACAUUCUACGCGUACAUUAUCAAUUAAGGGUGAGAGAAAAACUUUUGGAUCUGUCGUAUCAAAGAAUGCAACCACUCAUUCAUAUACUAUCCAACCUACAAUCAGUUUAGAGGGCAAACUAGUUGGACCGAUGUUCCUAUGUCUUCAGGAACCAAAAGGUCGUAUGGGCAAUAUUGUCAAACGUAAUCUAUUUGAACCAAAAAACGUAUUAAUUACAUGUUCCUCAUCAGGUAAGUUAACAAGCUCGUUGGUUUGCUAUUGGAGAGAUAAAGUUUUGGUACCAUCUAUUGGGAAAAAAACUUUACUUUUAUCCGACUCAUGGUCUGGUCAUAAUGAUGAGAGCAUCUAUCAUGAUAUAAAAUCAACUAAAAAAACAAUUCACCGUAUUCAAAUACCACCGAAAACCACAUCAGAUAUACAACCUGUUGAUAAAUACUUCAACAGACAAAUGAAAGUCCUAGCUAAAAGAUUAUAUAAUCGUGUAGCUUUAGAUCAAUUAAAUGUAAAUCUUUAUGAGCGAAACAAUAUCAUUAAACUAGUAUCACUAAUACAUAACCAACUACCCGCACCUGUGUUUGAAAAGAUGAUCAUAUAUUCACGGUACGCUUGUGGCUAUUUGAAAGAUGAUCCAUCUCCAUUUAAAAAUGUGAAUGAAGUUUGUUUCCCUAAUUUAACAAUCAAUCAAAAUUGUCAAAUAGAUAAAUGUUUUGAAUCAGCAUUCAUUUCGUGUAGCUGGUGUUCAACAAAAAUGUGCUUUCAUCAUUUUUUUAUUGAAUACCAUUUUCACGACUAG